UCACAACAUUGUUGAAUAAGAGCUCCUUCGAUAGAGCCAUGACCCAACGUUCCCCGAAAAGGACUCUGGACGAGUACCUGGAAGAUUAUGAGCGGUCGAUGAAGAGAAGGGGAAUAUUCACACGUGAUAAACCAAGCUAUCUAUAUGCCGACAUUCUCUGGCUAGUUGUGGCGUUCAUCACGACUUUCAUCUUUGCGGGUUGGAUCCUCGAAAGACGCCGCAACCGUUUUCCUAUCUAUCUCCGCAGCAAUGAACACGACUACUCCAAGAUUGAUGCUGAGGCUCUCGUACUAUUCCUAGCUGAACAUUUAGACAUCGUCGAGAAGGGAAUCCGAAUUGGGAACCAGCAAAUACACUUUCUCAAUGGAGUGGUUGGAUGGCUUCCCCAUUUCAUAUCCCGACCAUCAACGGCCACCGUCCUCGUCGGCUGGUUUUGCUUCUGCGGUUUCUGGUACCGAAUGAGUGUCCAGCACAUGCUUUGGCGCUAUAAUCUCUGGUUCCUGGUUACUGACUCGUUCGUCUUCUUCCUUGUCUUGAGUUUCACCAACGCGGACUUCUGGAUAGCCAUGCUCGCAUCUUUCUGGGCUUACGUUUUAUUCGGCGCCUGCAGCGUAGCUCUUCAUCGGCAGCUUGGAGACCACGCUUGGAAACCAGUGUUUCUUAUUUUGAAACACUACCCCAAAGCCACUCGACGCGAUCAAAGAGGGGAAAUCGAACGAGACGAUGUAGAAGAAGAGGAUGCAGAGGCGCUACUGAAUGAGCAUUCAUUGAACCGGGUAGAAGACACUCAAUCUAUGAUAUCGAGGCUUCGACAAUUCUGGCGCCAGCUACAGUGGUCUCGCUACCAGCCGGUUCCAGCUACCGAAAGUUCUCCGAGCAUCUUUGGGUUGAGAAACUUGACUGAACGCCCAAGUCAGCCUCCUCCCUACCAACCCUGUAGUACCCUUGUGAAUGAGCGGCUUUGAGCGAUUCAAGAUCGUGGAAAUUACUGUAAAAUGGCAUAUAUCACGGACUGUUAUCAAGUUACUAAGAUGCAAAGCUGCAUCAUUCUAGCUAUUCCAUUCACCGUAGGCGUAGGUGAGAAAAGCUUCCAUAUUUCAGCUAAGCUUCCGUAGAAUAUUUUGAUGUCAAAAGGAACGGACAGAGUAUUAUAUGGUCGCUUUUGGAACCAUCUUUCAACAAAGAAUCAUUUGCGA